GUGCAGCGCCCGCCGCCCCGCGCCGACCCGGAAGGGGAACGCGGCCGCGCCCGCCCCGCGCCGGGGACUGGCGGAGCCGUUGCCGUGACAACGCGGCGCGGCGGCAAUGGCAAUGGCGGUGGGCGGGCUCUGGCAGCGGGUGUGCGCAGAGUACGAAGCAGAACAGCCUCAAUUUCCAGAUGUUCCUGAAUCAGAAUGUGGAUCUGUGCCUUUGGAGGCAUUACGUAUGGAACAAUUCUAUUCAGCCCCUGCAGCUGAUACUGUUGUCCAACCGUUGCUUCCCAUGGCUGAGACAGCCCCCUUUCCAGAACCACCUGAUCCGAAAACAUGUUCUCCUCGAGAAUACUUAGAGUGUUACAUAUUUCCAGUACUUUUACCUGGAAUGGCUGAACUUCUGCAUCGAGCAAAGAAGGAAAAGUGUUUUGAGAAAAAAAGGACCAAAUUUAUUGCCUGUGACUUCCUAACUGAGUGGUUAUACAACAAGAACCCAAAGAGGAAAGAUGAAUCAUUCACAGAAUUCUUUUCCAUUCCUUUUGUUAACGACUGGCUAAAGGACCAUCCUAGGCCACCAAUUCCUCUAUCUCUCCUUCUAUCAGAAGAAGAAGCAAGCAUAAUAAUUCAGUCCUUCUGGAGAGGUUAUCGGGUCCGCUGCGAUAGUGAAAUACAAGAGCUACGUCAGUGGCAAAAGCAGUUGAGAGAGGACAAAAACAUUUUUAAAAGAGUGGAAGAAUUCUGGAAUAAGCAGGAAGCCAAAGUGGGAAGCAAAUUGGAAGACUCAGAAGAACAUAUUCAAAGUCAUUCAACAUCUCAAUUUUAGUUUUCUCACCAAUAUCAAAAAACACAGAACUCAUGGACUAAACUUUGUGGUGCCGAUUUAGAAACACUCUUAGCAUUACAGUUUUAGUGUUACAUGUGAGGUGUUGUAAAUCAAAGGGAGAUUAUGUAAGGACCCAGCAUGCCAAGAUAAAAUUCAGUCCUACUGUAAGUGAGCACAAUUCUGUUAAAACAGAUGGAAUUGUGCACAUUUAGCCAAAAAUUUUGAGUCUGUGUUUAUCUUGUGUUUUUGAAUGCUCACUUGCAAGCUUUUCUGAUAAGGACAAAACUCUGGAUGAAAUAAAUGGGGUUACACCCAUAUAGGCAAAUGUUAGAACUAAGGUAAAAAUCUUCGUUUAGUAUAAACUGGAGUAGCUUCACUGACUUUUGCAGAACUGUGACAAUUUACACAAAUCCAAGCUCUGUUCGUAAUGGGCUAAUUUUCAGAAAUGCUGUGCCUCUGCAAUUCCAACUGAAGGCGAUGAGAGAUAGGGUUGCUCUGCAUUUCUGCAGGGGAAAAAAUUCAAAGGCCCUUUUGUUACCACUUAGCACAUGUGCUGAGAAAAUGUAAAAUUAAGAUCACAGUGAUAGCAUUUUCAGUGAUCUUCUGUAUGUGUACUUACUUACGUGAGGUGCAAGCAGAAUAAAAAUCAGAUUGGGCCCCCUGCUAGAGAGCCCUCAUUAUAUUUUUUAGUUCAGUCUUGUCGAGCAUAGUCCUAUUUAGGCCUUUAUAAUUUCACAAUUAGAGAAUAUAUUUGCAGUUCUACUACUAAUUCCAUACAAGUCAAACCAAGGUCUAGUCAUUUUGAAUGAAAGCACGAUAAAACGCAGAUACUCUCUAGCUCUCGCUGUGGUUCAACAUGGAUUUCUUCCAUCACUCACACAGACUUUGUCUUCGCUCUUAUACCAGUACCCACCCCUCUUUUAUUUUCUCCUUGGUGAUACUGGUUGUUGCACCAGAUCAGGAAAACCAAAACAUUUGAAGAGAAAGCUCUCAACCUGCAUUCUUCAACCCCAGCUGUGUGAUGUCAUUCCCCUCCUUUUCACAAGCACUAGCACUUGAACCAGUACAGGGAACUGCUGAGCCAGCUGGAAAAAGAAAAAAAAGUAUCACUUGUGUUAAGAAUUUGGCUGCUCAGCUCCUAGACUGGCUCACCCUGUGUUUGAUAGGUGCCAGAGCUAAGAGUAAAUGUGGGAAUGUGGCCCUGAACUCUAGGAGCCGGUUUCCUU